AUGAAGAAGUUUAUUUAUGUCCUACUCCUAUACAUUUGCACAGUUACUUGUCUAAAUACAAGACAAAGUAAUGACUCUUCUACAACAGGAGAUAAAAAACUUGAAUCAAAGGAAUCCAAGUUGGACAAUUUUAGGCAACGCCUACUCAAUUUUAUAGUUGGUAUUAUGAUUAUAGCAUUUACCUUCACCUGUUUUUGUCUAAUUCAUUACAACUGUAUGAUUGAUGAUGCCAUCACAAAGAAAAAAACGCUCCAGAAAGAAAAUAUGGAGGCUGUAGCAUCCUGGGUAUCAAAAGUAUCAGCUUAUCAACAUGACAUACCAGAUGAGUAUACUCUAGAAAAGGAACCCUUGCUGUUAAAUACAGAGUGGUUAUGUGAGCCCUCAAGUCCAGAGAAGUUACCCAUGCCACUCAAUUCAGAAAAGUCAAUCAAGGCUCCGAGUCUAGAAGGUUCAACCAUAUUAUGCAGUGCAAAAAAGAUAGUGAUUUCCACAAUUCCAGAAAAGUCAUCUAUACCAUACAGUUCAAAAGAGUUAAUUAGACAACCAAGUCCAAAGAUGACAUCCUGCUCAUCAAACCGCAAAAAAUCGCAUAGAUCAUAUCACUUCAAAAAUUUAUAUAGGAAACGCAGCCUUAAAAAGCUACGGAAGAUAAACCAUGCCCAUAGGUUAGUUAGUCAAGUUAGAGCAUCCUGUCCAAAUAAGUCCAUCAUGCUACCUUGGCUAGCUAUUCUGCAAUCUUCAGCCAACUUUGCUAGAGCAUCUCCUCCACCUUUCUCACAGAAAGAAAUUGUGUCAUCCAAACAAUCUAGUCUAAAGAAAACAGGCAAAUCACAUGGAUACCAUCAUGUGAAAAAAUCAGUGAAUAUAAGUAAUGCAGCUGUGUUACCCACACCCCGAUCAGCCAAAACUUGCCCUUAUAAAGAAAGAUGCCUUCUUUGCAAUAGUUCUGAUACUUUAGUCAAUAACAUUUCUGAUGCGAAGAAGGAAAACACUGAAAGCCAUCAUGAGUCAAAUAAAUUGAAGUGUUUCUUCAGGUCAUUUUAUGAAGCAGACUCCAAGGACAAUGUUUACAAUGACAAUCUGAGCAAUGGUGAUAUGACGGCAGAUGGCAGUAGUGAUAGUGAUGAAGAGAUAAUCAUUUUUUGUGAUAUGAAUCACAAGGAUACCAUUCCUAAAGACACUUCAGAUAACUAA